UGUGCACUUGGCAUUCCACUCCAACCAUAUUUCUUCUUUGCAUUUUUCUCUACCACCUCUCCAUCUCUUCAGAAUGGUUCAAUCUCUGAAGCUCAACUCCGGCUACUCAAUCCCAGCCAUCGGGCUCGGCACGUGGCAAUCCAAGCCCGGAGAGGUUGCCGCUGCAAUCAAGACCGCCGUCGCCGCCGGGUAUCGGCACAUCGAUUGUGCUCACGUUUAUCAAAAUCAGAAGGAGGUCGGAGAAGCGUUGAAGGAGAUUCUAGAUGAGGGAAAAGUCAAGCGCGAGGAGCUCUUCAUCACCUCCAAAGUCUGGAACACUUUCCAUUCAGAAGCCAAGGCUCACGAGAACAUUGACAUAAUCCUGUCGGACCUCCAGCUCUCCUACGUGGAUCUUAUGCUCAUCCACUGGCCACAAGGUUACGCAGAAGGCGCUGAGCUCUUCCCAGCCGGCGAGAACGGAAAAAUGCGUUACUCCGAUGUGGAUUACCUCGAGACCUGGAAGGCAUUCGAGGCCGCUCAAAAAGCCGGAAAAUGUCGGUCCAUCGGGCUGUCCAACUUCACCCACAGCCAGAUCCAGCGCGUCUGGGAUGCGGCGGAGGUGAAGCCGGCCUGUCUUCAAGUCGAGCUUCAUCCAUACUUCACGCAAGUCAAGCUCCGCGAGUUUUGCAAGGAGAAGGGUAUUGUGGUGGUCGGGUACUCACCGCUCGGCAACCCCGGAUCCGCGUUCUUCCGUAAGGAUGGAGAUCCGAACGUGCUCACCAAUGAGGUUGUCGCCGGGAUUGCAAAGGCUCAUGGAAAGACUCCCGCCCAAAUCAUCCUUCGUUGGUUCGUCGACAGUGGGCUCUCGGCCAUCCCAAAAUCAGUGACACCACAACGAAUCUCCGAAAACCUUGCAGUUUUCGACUUCCAGCUGACCGCAGAGGAAAUCUCGAAAAUCGACGGGAUCAAUAAAAACUGGAGAAUCGUAGAUUUGAGCCAACGCGACGGAGAUCACCCACACUGUCCAUUCCUCGAGGAGUUUUAACUUUUUGCUUCUGCAUCGGCUCUUCCUCUUUCCUUUUAUGUGAUAUUUUUACAGCGAAUUCUAAUUUUUUACAAUGUAAAAUUUAAAACUUAAAGAAUAAAUUAUUCGGAAUUUCAG